CCCUCACGCGUCCUUACCCAGGAGCCAAACUGCAUAAGGAAUGGAGGUCUGCUAAACCAGAAAAUUCGAAGGAGCCCAUUAAACUGGUGGAUGCAGCGGAUGUAAGCGCUGUGCAAACAUCUCAAACCAGUUCAGAUGUUGCUGUUUCCUCAAGUUGCAGGUCUAUGGAAAUGCAGGAUCUAACCAGCCCGCAUAGCCGUCUGAGUGGUAGUAGUGAACCCCCCAGUGGUCCCAAACUCGAUAACUCUCAUAGAAAUAGUAAUUCCAUGACUCCCAAUGGCACCGAAGUUAAAACAGAGCCAAUGAGCAGCAGUGAAAUAGUUUCAACAACAGCAGACGGGUCUUUAGACAAUUUCUCAGGUUCAGCAAUUGGGAGCAGUAGCUUCAGCCCAAGACCACCUCACCAGUUCUCCCCACCACAGAUAUAUCCUUCCAACAGACCAUACCCACAUAUUCUCCCUACCCCUUCCUCACAAACUAUGGCUGCAUAUGGGCAAACACAGUUUACCACAGGAAUGCAACAAGCGACAGCGUACGCCACCUACCCACAGCCGGGACAGCCAUAUGGAAUUUCCUCAUAUGGCAUCAAGACCGAAGGUGGAUUGUCACAGUCUCAGUCACCCGGACAGACAGGAUUUCUCAGCUACGGCACAAGCUUCGGUACCCCUCAACCCGGACAGGCACCCUACAGCUACCAGAUGCAAGGUAGCAGUUUUACAACAUCAUCAGGAUUAUAUACAGGAAAUAAUUCACUCACAAAUUCCUCUGGAUUUAACAGCUCACAGCAGGACUACCCGUCUUAUCCGAGCUUCGGCCAGGGUCAGUAUGCACAGUAUUAUAAUAGCUCCCCGUAUCCAGCCCAUUAUAUGACGAGCAGCAACACCAGCCCGACCACACCGUCCACAAACGCCACUUACCAGCUUCAGGAGCCACCAUCUGGCAUCACCAGCCAAGCGGUUACAGAUCCCACAGCAGAGUACAGUACAAUCCACAGCCCAUCAACACCCAUUAAAGACUCAGAUUCUGAUCGAUUGCGCCGAAGUUCAGAUGGGAAGUCCCGUGGACGGGGCCGAAGAAACAAUAAUCCUUCACCUCCCCCGGAUUCUGACCUCGAGAGGGUGUUCAUCUGGGACUUGGAUGAGACAAUCAUCGUUUUCCAUUCCUUGCUCACUGGGUCCUAUGCCAACAGAUAUGGGAGGGAUCCACCUACAUCAGUUUCCCUUGGACUGCGAAUGGAAGAAAUGAUUUUCAACUUGGCAGACACACAUCUGUUUUUCAAUGACUUAGAAGAAUGUGACCAAGUUCAUAUAGAUGAUGUGUCUUCAGAUGAUAAUGGGCAAGACCUAAGCACAUAUAACUUUGGAACAGAUGGCUUUCCUGCUGCAGCCACCAGUGCUAAUUUAUGCUUGGCAACCGGUGUGCGAGGUGGCGUAGACUGGAUGAGAAAAUUGGCUUUCCGCUACAGACGGGUAAAAGAGAUCUACAAUACCUACAAAAAUAACGUUGGAGGCCUGCUUGGUCCAGCCAAGAGGGAAGCCUGGCUACAGCUGAGGGCCGAGAUUGAAGCCCUGACGGACUCCUGGUUGACACUGGCCCUGAAAGCACUCACGCUCAUUCACUCCCGGACGAAUUGUGUGAAUAUUUUAGUCACAACUACUCAACUUAUCCCAGCGUUGGCAAAAGUCCUGUUAUAUGGAUUAGGGAUUGUAUUUCCAAUAGAAAAUAUUUACAGUGCAACAAAAAUAGGAAAGGAAAGCUGUUUUGAAAGGAUAAUUCAAAGGUUUGGAAGAAAAGUGGUGUACGUCGUUAUAGGAGAUGGUGUGGAAGAAGAACAAGGAGCAAAAAAGCACGCCAUGCCCUUCUGGAGGAUCUCCAGUCACUCGGACCUCAUGGCCCUCCAUCAUGCCUUGGAACUGGAGUACCUGUAACAGCCACCUAGCACUUUGGAACCGCACAACUGCCUGUGACCAGGAACAAAUCCAGCAGGCCUGAGGCCUGUGUCAGCGCUGGAGUACCCAAUGUCGCGAUUUCACCAUGUGGACGCACAGCUGCCGGCGGUCUUCACCUCUGCCCUUGUGGUAAAUGAAGGACCACAUCAAUCUCUUCAGACCAGCUGUUGACUCUAGUACUGUGAAUCCCAUGAGAAGAAGCCAUGAGAAUGUUCUAGUAUGGUGUGAUGUGUCUUUGCCACAGUAACUACAUGGUUCAAACCUGUGAAGAAAGGACCUGCAGACGCUUCCAUUGUUCACAUCUUCAAUGUGACAUAAACAUUAGCUUUUCCAAUACAGCAAACUUGAUUGCACAACAAAGACUGAAAUGUGUUUCCCGAAUACCAGGGAGGGGAUCUUCUUGGAAAGAAAGUUUACUUUUUUGGUGUCUCAUACCCAGGGUAAUCUGUACAUCUCUACUUAUUUAUGAACAGACUUUUUAAAAACAGCUUUAAUUGAGGUAUGAUUCCAGCACCAUACAAUUCACUCAACCAGACUUUUUUGACAUCCAGUAACUGAAGAGACAGUAGCAUCAUAAUAAGCGAUUAAAGGCCUUUGCCUCAUGACACAGCAAGUACUUUGAAUCUUAGCACAUUGCAAAGUAGUUUAAAGUAUGUCUAAUUUAAACGUAUAAUAUGUACAUCACUGAGACAAUCAUGUACAGAGAAUUUUGGGUGU